GUUCGAGGCUUUAAGUAGAGAGCUUUAUGUAACUGUAAUGCUGUGAAAACACACAGGACAGCGCUGCUAAACAACAACAUGUCAGCUAUGUUAGAAGUGGAUUUAAUCGCCUCGGGUCCUUAUUAUCGCCGGGUUUAGUUUAGUUAACUAAAUGAGUUCAUUGCGACUUGUUAUUUGGCAUUUUGUGCAUUUUUAUCAGCUGUUAAAAUAUUCCUGUGUGUGUCCAAAGCCAUAAAAACAGAGAAGCACUGCCAUGGUGGAGGACAGAGAGCCUCGGGACAUUUAGUUCUUUCCCAGAGCGACCUGCUCAACGUUACACUUUACCAGAGAGAUAAGUUAUAUUUAACUGUAUUUCCUCCCAGCUUCUGACAUAUAUGUUUUAUAUUUAAACAGUCAUGGCUGCUGCACUGUUCAGAGGAGGAACAGGAUUAUGUGUAAGAUGUAUUCACAGGGAGUUGUGCAGACUUGUAUGGAGGCCGCAAACUGCUCUGCUCAGCUCCAAACCAUCAGACAGAAAACAACCACGCAGAACACACAUCAAGAAAGCCAAGCCCCAGCCGGCGGUGGAUGUCGCUAAACUCCUGGAGCAGCUCUUCUCCCAGCGCAGGCCGGGCAUGAUGCCUCCCGCUGGUAAAGCUCGACCUGCCAAAGCCGCCUCCAUGCCUACCAAACCUUCUACCACCUCCUCAUUGAAGGUCUCCACCUCAAAUGUUCCUCCCAUGUCAAAGACAGAGCCAGCAGUGUCUGUCUUUCCUGCCGCUUCUAGUUUUAAACAAGUUGAUAGCGUUCCUACAUCUACGUUUAACACUGCACCGCCAUCCCCUCAACCAAACUCAGUACCUCCAACAAACCCAAAGACUUUAAAUUCCUCGGAAACGACUCAGCAGUCUCCUCUUGAUUUUAUUCAGGCCUUUGCUGCUGAUAGUGUCUCCAAUGUGAUUGUUCCUACAGCCAGCAUGACACCUGCAUCAUUAGGAUCAGAAGCAGCUGCAAUAGAAAUAAUAAUAGAAACCAACGUAGAAACUGCUCCAGAGCCAGCUGAGCUCAAACCUGCCGCAGUACCACCCUUAUCAGCCCACAUGUCUUUUUCAGCUGCUACUAUAGAACCCUUGAUAGAAACUACAACAGAAUCACCAGUAGAGCCUAGCCUGUCUCCUGUGGAAACACUAGAAGUUAGAGCUGCUGUUGUUGAAGGUCCAGUAGAGCAUACAGUAGAUGCUCCAGCUGAAGAAGUACAAACCAAAGGCACAGACUCAGGAGUGGCUGAUGUCUCACACUCUGCCAAAGAAGAACCCUUAAUAGAAACUACAAUAGAAUCACCAGUAGAAGCCAGCCAUUUUCCCACAGAAACACUAGAAACUAGAGCUGCUAUUGGUGAGGGUCCAGUAGAGCCUACGAUAGACGUCACAGUAGAUAUAGCAGCUCAAAAAGUACAAACCAAAAGCACAGACUCAGGAGUGGUUGGCAUCUCACACACUGCAACAGUAGAACCCUUAUUAGAAACUACAGUAGAAACAUCAGUAGAGGCCAGAACCUCUCCUCUGGAAACACUAGAGAGUAGAGCUGCUGUUGUUGAAUGUGCAGUCGAGCCUACAGUAGAUGCAACAGUAGAUGCUCCAGUUCAAGCAGUACAAACCAACAGCACAGGCUCAGGUCCUGUUAACCUCUCGCACACUGCUGAAGAAGAACCCUUAAUAGAAACUACAAUAGAACCAGCAGUAGAGACCAGCACCUCUCCUAUAGAGAGCAGAGCUGCUGUUUCUGAAGGUACAAUAGAUCCUACAAUAGAAAAUGAAGCAGCUGACAACCUCUCACACACUGCCUUAAGCCAAAAUGCACAAGAAUCUGCACCCUUGCCUUUGAAAAACGAAGUAGAAUCAUCCUCAGGAAGUGUCGCUGUGGAGGAGGGAGUGAACAAGCCUGAACAAAUGACUUUAGAGUCUGGGACACUCCGUGAAGUUAAGGUUCUGGCGGAGUCUUUAAAAACUGACGAGCUCGUCCAGACAAAAUCUGAUUUCGAUGAAAAAGCAGAAAUACAACUCCAGGAGCUGUUAGACCAGACGGGGACUGGGGCCGAAUCCAAAGCUGCAGCUGAAACUGAGAAUUCGAGUCAAGACGAGAGUGAAAUUUUAACUCAAGUUCUAUCAAAGUGGGACUCUCUGUCUGAAGAUCUUCAAGAGUUAGAAGGAGACAGUGGCACGCUGGUGAAAGAGCUUCUCCGUCAUGUUCCUGCAGUGCUUCCCAAAACUCCUGGCACGCUGAGAACAAGUUCAGCCUCUGAUCCACCUGCAGGAGCAAAUGGAGACUCUUUGCAGAUGGAGGAGAAGGCAACCGACGCAGAAGCCAUGGAAUCGAUAACUUUAGCAAAAGUGAAGGCUGAAGUUGGAGGUCUUGAAAACGAAAUUCUGCUAGAAACAAGGAAUGCACUUGAGAAAGAAGCUGAGGUUAGAGCAAAAGAGGAGAAGAUGGAAGUUGAGACCACAAUAGAAGAUGUUUCUGUUUUUGAGGGCACAACAGAGGCUGAAAUUUUAACACUAGAGUCUAUCUCUGAAGCCAACGAUGCAAUAAAAGCUGAGACAUCUGUUAUUUUAGAGGCCAUGUUUGGUUCUGAGCAAGGACCGAGGCAGCCGCCCGACACUUUACUCGUUGACCAGAAACUGGGGCGACAGGAUGAAGCGAUUGGUCAGGAAGCAGAAAAAGAGUCCGGAGAGAAGGAAGGGAGUGUCUUGGAGGCCAUGACUCUUGAGUCUGUGACUUUGGCCGAAGUUGAGGCCUCCUUGGGAACUCUGGAGAACGAGUCUCUGAGUGAAACCACGGAUUAUCUGGAGAAAGAAGCUGAAAUUCUUGCUGGAGAGAAGGGAAUGGAGGUAGAGGAUGGGGUAGCGUCUGAAGAGACGACUGAAGCUCUGAAGAUCGAGUUUCUGUCUCUGGCUGAAGGUGACGCUCUGUCUGAAGCUCUGCAGGCAGACACACUGAUGGAGGAGCUGCUCUUUUCUGUUCCUGGACAUGUAACGGGGGUAACACAAGACCCAAUAGGUCAGGAGCUUGUGAGAGCGAAUAUUUUGGAUGCAACGGUUGCCGCUGGGUCAGUCGACGUUGAUAAAGCGGCUGCAGAGACAGAUGACUUUCCAGCUUCUCCCGUUCUGAAGGAUGUGCCGCCGGGACAGGAGGAGGAGGAGGGAGCACAGACUGAAGCCUUGGGGAAGGAAGAUGAUUUAGAUCCAGUACAGAGACUCUUCCUGGAGAAGAUCAGAGAAUACGACAACAUGCGCAGGUUGAAUGGAGGACUGUUGGAGGCAGAGCCGGAUUACAAAAAAUACCUGUCAGAGGAGACAGCUAAGCUCCAGAGACUUUAUGGAGGAGGAGACCUGAGCAGCUUCCCUGAGUUCACCUUCACCGAGCCCAAAAUGGACCAGGACUCCAAAUGAUCCAUGACGCCUACCUCCUACUCUUCAUGCCCAUUCGUAUACCUCUUCUCCGUUUGCCUGUCCUCUCUGACGUCCUCCCCCAUUACCUCCUCAUUUUACUACAUGGGAGAACAGAGAGAGGGAGAGAAGAAGAAGCAUAGGGGUGAUUUGGGUGAUCUGCCAUUAAAAUAAGGGGAAAUGUAUCCUUGGCUGUUUGUUUGUACUGUGUAAUAAUGAUAGCACCAAAUUAAUUUUACUAAAGCAGCACUUUAAAAAGU